AUGCGCCCAGCCGAAGCACUCGCGAUAGCUAUAAAUUUCUCGAUUUCACUAACUAAUUUUCCACCACACCUAAACAGGAGCGUGGUAACCUUAUAUCUUGAGUUAUGCAUUCAUAGCGCGCGUGACAUCAUUUUUAGGACUUCAAGGGUCAAGCGCAUUUCCAAGAAUCGUCUGAACAUAAUUAUUCAGCCUACUUCCUCAAAUCUUGCCAACAUGGAAUCGUUUGUGGACGAUCUAAAGAAGGAAGUCCAAUGUUCUUUGUGUAAUGAUACGCUUACAGAACCUAAGAUCUUGCCGUGUUUUGACACAUUUUGCAAGCCCUGCAUCAAAAGACACGCAGAGCUGAUCGAAGAAGUCAACGUCUUCAAGUGUCCUCGAUGUAAAUCACAAACUCCUCUACCAGAACCAAGCAGCGUGGAUGAUCUACAGCCAAGUCUACUUCAUUCUAGAAUAUCAAAGGGUCUGGCGUUGGUAGAAGGAAAAAAGGUUUGUUCUGUUUCUGAGAGUCAUUCGUCAGCAUCUUGUUAUUGUUUUGAUUGUGAUCGCUCGAUGUGUGAGGAAUGCAAGAAUUACCAUUCAGAAUUUAUCAAAGAUCACAAGGUCGUUUGUCUGGCUGAUUUGAAGAAAGAAGAUAUUGAGUUCGUAAUAACAAGAGAAAAUCCUUGUAAAAGUCACCCUAGUCACAGGCUAGAGUUAUUCUGUGAAGACUGUGAAGACAUGAUUUGCUUGACAUGCUUGAAACACGAUCACAAGGAUCAUAAGACAAUUUCGUUAGAUAAGUUUGCUUUGAUCAAGAAAGCUGUAUUGUCAAAGCAUCUGCAGGUACUAGAGCAGUUGAGAUUAGAUGACAAGGAGAAGCAACAACAAGAAAAGAUUGCUAACACAAUCAAACAACAAGGAGAAAAAGCCAAAAAAGAAGUGAAAGACAAAACCAAGAAGAUUAUCGAAAUGCUGCAAGAAAACGAAAGAGAAUUGCUGAGACAAAUCGAUGAGAAGUUGAACACCGCCACAACAAACUUGAAUAUAAUUCAUCAUAGUCAAAACGUCGAAAAAUACAUCAAGAAUGAGAUGGAAAGAGGACUCGCAAGUGAAACGAUGAACAUUCAAGAGACACAUUGCUCGGAGAGAUUCAUCUUUAACUACAUUCCACUCUCCUCUCGAAUUGCGUUCGUUCCUAAUGAACAGCUGGUGCAAGAAGUGAAUUCAGGGCUGGGAGAAAUACGAACUUGUUUGAAAACAGACCACACGAAGAGCACUAUUGAAGUACAAUCUGAGACAGAAGCUUUAAAGAAAGAAAGCCUCGUGUUGAUAACUAAAGCCUCUACAGGACAAGGGUGGAUCCAGGGUAGUUUACGUGAUUUCCGUAAACUACUCAAUUUUUUUCAAAGCUACACAUGGGUAUGGUGGGUUGGGUAUAAAUUCAGAGUAAACUACUCAUGUCCAAACCCUGGAUCCACCCCUGCAGGAGAAUUCAUUCCUGAUCCAAAGGAUGUUAUACACAUUAAAAUUAGUCCUGAAGAAAAUGUGAAAAUAGAGAAGAAAUAUGUGAGAACUGAUGGUAAAGUAGAAGUUGAAUUCAUGGCUAAAGUAGCUGGUCARYUGACAGCAGAGGUUCAAGUGAAUGGGAAUCAUGUAUCUAACAGUCCACUAGUGGUGAAUGUCAAGCCACAAGAGAUGAAAACAACAGGAAAGUUUAACAUGAAAUUUAAUUUAAGAUCUAGUAGCUUGAGAGGUAUAGCAGUAAACCGAGACAACUGCAGAAUCGCUGUUGUAAAUUGUUCUUCUCAUUGUGUCCAUGUAUUCACCUCUGAUGGAGAUCUCUUACUGACGUAUUGUAGUCCAGGUAGAGCACAGGGACAGUUGUCUAAUCCUGUAGGUUUAUCAUUUCUGAAUGAUACAGAUUUAGUCAUAGCAGACCAUGGUAACCAUAGAAUAUGUAUAGUGAACACUACAACAGGAAAAUUGGUAAAAACGUUUGGUAACCAAGGUAACAGGGAUGGAGAGUUUAGCAAUCCAUGUGGAGUACACAUUGAUGAGGAUGGUAACAUCAUUGUGUGUGAUGGUGGUAAUCAUCGUGUUCGAGUCUUCACAAGAGAAGGUGACUAUCAAUAUCAGUUUGGUUUGACAGCAAAGGACAAUUUUACUCCAUAUGAUGUGAUAACACAUGAUGGACAGUUUUACGUCAGUGAUUAUAACAAUCACGUGAUUCAUGUAUUUGAGAAGAAAGGUAACGUACCGACUAGAGUAUCGACGAUUGGUGGUAAAGGCAGUGCUGAUGGUCAGCUGAAUAGACCAUGGGGCCUGGCUAUUGAUAAUGACCAUCAUCUACUGGUGUGUGAUAUUGGUAAUAACCGCGUACAAAAAUUCACAUUGGAUGGUCGUUUUGUAGGAAAGACUUGUGAUGUAAUCAAGAACCCUACAUAUAUAACUGUUUUAAAGGAUGGUCAGUUAUUAGUUAGUACGUAUGGUUCUGGUGUCUGGUGUGUAAAGUAGAAUUGUCUGAUCUAUUAUUAAUGUCUAUAUAUAACCAUCAUUAUACUCAUAACAAUAUUGAUCAAUAAGUUAUAUCUUAUAAUAUUUUUACAAUUGUCUAUUAUCAAUGUCUAUAUAUAACUAUCAUCAUACUCGUAACAUUAUUGAUCAAUAAGUCGUAUCUUAUGAUGUUGGUUGUUGUGUCACAACAUCAGACAAUCAGAUAUCGCAACUACUAUCAAAUUAUCCAAGCCAAUGUGUAGUUUUCUUUUAUAAUUGUGCUACAUUCACAAGCAGAAACUUUUUGCAGCGCGCGUUAAAGUGAGCGGGAAAACAUCGGAAGUGAGGUCAUCGAAUUCUUCACCUGUGAGAAUAUCUAAAUUAUCUCAGUGAAAAAUACGGGUGGCGUAUUUUCCAGUAAAACACAAGUGUCUAUAUAAUAAACUUAAAUAUAAGCAUCUGGUAAAGGAGACGUAACAAUUCACCUUUUGGUUUGGCAGGAAGCAUUCUUUGAUUAUCUCCAUAAGUGAAUUCGCAACCACAAGGAAACUCAAACAGCGAACCAUUCUCGCGGUCACCCAGGAUAACUGUGAUCGAGUAAUACCCUAGGUAUGUGUUAAAAACGUUGUAUGGAAUCUCAAUUUGCCU